CCCAUCCCGAGGCACACACAUCCCGGGAAUAGCCAGGUGUCCCAGGCCGCCACACGCCCGGCUCUCCGCCUAGGGCAGAGAGGCCGGAGGCUCCAGCUCAGCACGCGGCGGGAGUGGGCGGCGAGCGCCAGCAGGCGAGAAAAUCUGCUCGGUCCCAGGCAGCCGCCGCUGCCCCUUUGAUGUUUUGGUACACCGUGCGCAUGCGCCUCACAUUAGAAUUACUGCACUGGGCAGACUAAGUUGGAUCUCCUCUCUUCAGUGAAACCCUCAAUCCCAUCAAAAACUAAAGGGAUGUGGAGAGUCCGGAAAAAGGGCUACUUUGGGAUUUGGUCAUUCCCCUUAAUAAUCGCCGCUGUCUGUGCGCAGAGUGUCAAUGACCCUAGUAAUAUGUCGCUGGUUAAAGAGACAGUGGAUAGACUCCUGAAAGGCUAUGACAUUCGUCUGAGACCAGAUUUUGGAGGUCCCCCUGUGGCCGUGGGAAUGAACAUUGACAUUGCUAGCAUCGAUAUGGUUUCCGAAGUCAAUAUGGAUUAUACCUUGACAAUGUACUUUCAGCAAGCCUGGAGAGAUAAGAGACUGUCCUAUAAUGUAAUACCUUUAAACUUGACUCUGGACAAUAGAGUGGCAGACCAGCUCUGGGUGCCCGAUACCUACUUUCUGAAUGAUAAGAAGUCAUUUGUGCAUGGGGUGACUGUCAAGAACCGCAUGAUCCGCCUGCAUCCAGAUGGGACCGUUCUUUAUGGCCUCAGAAUCACAACCACAGCUGCCUGCAUGAUGGACCUAAGGCGGUACCCACUGGAUGAACAAAACUGCACCUUGGAAAUUGAAAGCUAUGGAUAUACCACCGAUGACAUUGAGUUUUACUGGCGUGGGGAUGAUAACGCAGUAACAGGAGUGACAAAGAUUGAACUUCCACAGUUCUCUAUCGUGGAUUACAAACUUAUCACCAAGAAGGUUGUUUUUUCCACAGGUUCCUAUCCCAGAUUGUCCCUCAGCUUUAAGCUUAAGAGAAACAUUGGUUACUUUAUUCUGCAAACAUACAUGCCUUCCAUCCUGAUCACUAUCCUCUCCUGGGUCUCCUUCUGGAUUAAUUAUGAUGCAUCAGCUGCAAGAGUGGCAUUAGGAAUUACAACUGUCCUUACAAUGACUACGAUCAAUACCCACUUGCGGGAGACUCUCCCUAAAAUCCCCUAUGUGAAGGCCAUUGACAUGUACCUGAUGGGGUGCUUUGUCUUUGUUUUCAUGGCCCUUCUGGAAUAUGCUUUGGUCAACUACAUCUUUUUUGGGAGGGGACCCCAACGCCAAAAGAAAGCAGCUGAGAAAGCUGCUAGUGCCAACAAUGAGAAGAUGCGCCUGGAUGUCAACAAGAUUUUUUAUAAAGAUAUUAAACAAAAUGGGACCCAAUAUCGAUCCUUGUGGGACCCAACUGGAAACCUCUCCCCAACUAGACGGACUACCAAUUACGAUUUCUCUCUGUAUACGAUGGACCCACAUGAGAACAUCUUACUGAGCACUCUUGAGAUAAAAAACGAAAUGGCCACAUCUGAGGCUGUGAUGGGACUUGGAGACCCCAGGAGCACAAUGUUGGCCUAUGAUGCCUCCAGCAUCCAAUAUCGGAAAGCCGGGUUACCCAGGCAUAGUUUUGGCCGAAAUGCUCUUGAGCGACAUGUGGCACAAAAGAAAAGCCGCCUGCGGAGACGUGCCUCCCAACUGAAAAUCACCAUCCCCGACUUGACUGAUGUGAAUGCCAUAGAUCGGUGGUCCCGCAUAUUCUUCCCAGUGGUUUUUUCCUUCUUCAACAUCGUCUAUUGGCUUUAUUAUGUGAACUAAAACAUAGCCUCCCAUGGGAAGCAAGGACUAGAUUCCUCCUCAAACCAGUUGUACAGCCUGACGUAGGACUUGGAAAACACAUCAAUCCAGGACAAAAGUGAUGCUAAAAUACCUUAGUUGCUGGCCUAUCCUGUGGUCCAUUUCAUACCAUUUGGGUUGCUUCUGCUAAGUAAUGAAUACACUAAGGUCCUUGUGGUUUUCCAGUUAAAAUGCAAGUGAUUUGUAUACAUGCUGGCAAGACUGUCUGAGUGUUCCACUUUAUCUGCUGAUGCAGCCUAUAUAGAGGGCAAUUAUUUAGAAGAUAUUCUGAGAGGGCUCAGUAGCAUUGCCAGUCAUUUUGCUGAGAAGUGGUCAUAUCCAGAUACUCCCCAUCUUCAUUUCUAAGGUUGGCAUGCUGUUGAGAUGGCACUGUGUUUAUGAAACAUCUGCAAUGCCAUGCAAACAUGCUUACUGAAGAUGACCUAUGCCUGUCUUAAGGUGAUAAUGGUGUGUCAUGGGAAGAUAGUUCCCACUGGAUUCUAGAAGGUUCUCAUGUAGUUCAAACAGGAUAGGCAGAGUGAAGACAGAGACUUGGUAACCAAUUUGGCCAGUCUCUGCUUGAGCACAGGGAGUCAACUCUGAUGUCUUCCAUUUUGACAUUUCUAGAAACUGGGGACUACUAAACAUUAUCAUGCAUGGUGGCCAAGAAAUGUUUCUAAAAAGCUAUUUCUUGUUGGUUAAAAUAGAGUUAAUAAUCCAGAGAAGAGUGGAAAAUCCAGAAACAAAUGUUGUAACAAAAUUAAAGCAAGCGAGCAGCAUGACCCUUACCAGCCCCACACAGCAUCUGGUCCAUACAUAUUUUGUAUAAUGGCAAAAGGUCAGUGAGAGAGAUUUUUUCCCCCACUUCACAGGCUUUUGACAGCACACCUAAAGAGGUUUUUAUAGUUUAUCUAAUCAAAAGACAACCACAAAAUAGAAAAGCUAGCAAAAUUAGAAGUAUCUUAGAUGCAGGUUAGAUUGGGAAUCAUUCAAAUAUACUAAUAUAGAGCACAGAUAAAGCUAGGAGACAGGUUGAUUUUCUCAGACAAUGUCAGCUGUCUCUACAACAUUUCCCUUAAGUUUAUUUCUGAAUUUAAUAGGGUAUUUCAAAAGAAGGAUUUGUUCAUUUCUUUAAAGGAUUAAUGGUCCUUUGCCAGCUUUUCUUGUUUCUGAAAUCCUGAUUAUAUUCUUAGGAGACAAAGCAAGGCUUUGAAGAGAUUGAUUGAACUACAUUUCCUUAUGUGCAAUGACAUUCACCUUUGUAUUUUUCAUAGCAAACAAUACUUAAAGGAUUAUGUGCACAAGUCGAGUUAGUUUGUGGGUUUGUUGGAUUUGACUUUUUAAGGGUGCUUUCAUUGUAUAUGUUGCGAUCGGCUGGAUCAAAGAAAACAUGAAAAGUAGUGUAGAAUAGGAUAACAACAAAGCUACAUUAACAUGAUGAAUGUUAUGAGCCUCAAUUGAUAUUACAGAAAAAUAUAUAACUGAUCAGCAGGCAUGAUGUAUUGUUUUUAUUCAAUUUUUAAAUUAUGUCAGUGUGCUUCUUUCUAUAAUAAUUGGACAUAUGCAUUCAUAUGUGAGACAGUAAAGAGAAUAAGCUAAUAUAUUUUAUUUCUAUCAAUGUGAGGUCCAUAUUUUGCUUUUCUUGGAGAAAAUAGUGAAUUGCUAAUUUCUCCUUAAAGUUUGAUUUGAUUGAAUGUUUUCUUAGAGGAUGACUUUGCUAUUUCUAUUUUAAAGACAAGAAACACUUAUUUUCAAAGUAACAUCCCUAAUUGUGCAUAGUAGGCAAGGCCAGUAUUUGCCUGUGGAUAAAAUGUAUGUUUUUUUCCCUUGAUAAUUCAGCAGCUUGGAAUAUGACAGAGUCCUGCUGCCCUCCUAUUCCAACUAUCAGACAGAGAGGGGAAAAAAAAGGUUUAGCAUUCAGCUUUCUAAAUUCUAUGCUCCAAGAUGGGAGGUAUUUUUUUUUUUCCUUCACCAGCAAAGGGAACUCUGGCCUUUAUUUUUUGAUUAUACACUUGAACACUUCUGAGUAUGAUCUUUGGGCAGAAUCCAACCAAGUUUCUGCCCAUGGGCUCAGAGUAAAAAUUUCUCAAUUUUCUCCAGGUACAUGCUUUCACCUAGGCAAUCAUUUUGGGGCACACACUAAUAAAAGUGCCUGUCCCUUUUCGCCAGGGGUUAAAGUUUGAGUAGCAUAUAUCAGGAAGGAGCAUAUCGAUAACUCAGGUGCACAACUCCAAAAUGCCAUCCUAGAAAGGUUUUCUAGAGACAACUCAGAGCCCAAGUCUAGCAGUGGGCUCUUAUUUGCAAUUAUCAUAAAAGCCAUAAAAAUCCUUGAUAUUGUCAUUUAUGGUUACAACAAAAUUUCAAUGUCCAGGGAAGUCAACAUGGUAAUCUAGAUCAAAGUGAGAGAAGAAACUUUGCAGCAUGAGCCUCAAAAGCGUAUGACCAAGGAUUCAUUUCUGUUCACAGUGAUAAGAAGAAACCAGAAAAAGGAGAAAGAUGGGAGCUUCAAACAGAUGCCCUAGAACGAAAUCCAUAUAUUGGCAUUCAAUAACCACGUAGGUAGAAACAAAUGACUCAUCCUGCCCAGGGACAACAGUAGAUGUAGAUUUUAUUUUUAACUAUAUUUUUACUGUAGUUGAAUUGGACUGUAGUCACCAAACUGGGGGUGGGUUAGGGAGGGGUGCUAGAUCUCAUAACUCUAUGAAAACCAGUCAGCUUGGUAUCCAGUGGUUAAAUUUAAGGACCACAAAAAUGUGUUUUGGCAAUUCUGAUAUGGUAUUAGUAUCACUUUAUACAUAUAUGUAUAUAUAUAUAUAUAUAUAUAUAUAUAUAUAUAUAUAUAUAUAUAGUUUUCCUUUUGAUUAUGAAACAGCCAGAUAGCCAGCAAUUAAGGUGUUUUUCAUCUUUGUGAAAUUCAUAGGCAAAUUCUGACUCUAAAAUGCACAGUCUAAAUGAAAUCUUUGAUCUCAAUCUGUAUAUAUAUAUUGUACAUGACUGCUAGUAGGUAUGAAAUGCAUUUUCAGAAUUGAAAACUCAUGCAACAUAAUCAUGUGUUUGCAUAAGGAAUGUUACAAUUCUUUCUACUGCAAUUUAACAACAGGGGAAAAUACUUAAGCAGUGCCAUCUAGACCUUUUAUCUUCUCAUGUCUUCAAAAGCAGUGCUAAGUAAAAAUAAUAAUAAUAAUAAUAAUAAAAAUGGUUUAUGAACCAAAAGACUUUACAUUCUAGUAUUAGGAACACAAAAAGUCUGUCAGCUUAUAAAAGCACAACACAUAGAGAAAGUUCAGUGGAAUGCAGUGGGAAAAUGAAUCAUGUUCAUUUUAAGCAAGACCUGCAUUAAAUUGACAACUAACACAAUUUCCAUUUUCUAUAGGUAACUGUGUUCCAGUCUUAUGACUAAGUUCAUACUAAACAACAAAAACAGCAAAACAAUCAACAACAGGUCUUACAACAUAUCUACAUGUAUAUAUGUGUAUAUAUAGAUCCAUGUAAACAUAAAUACAUAUAUAUGCAUUCAUAUGUUGGAAAACAAAAGGAAUAAGCUAAUAUGUUUUAUUUCCUUCAUUUAACCAAUGUAUGAGUAUUUUUAAUUGGCAACCAACAAAUCAACCUAUUGAAACUAAUAAUACAGGGUACUGAGCAUUUCUCUAUCAGCAGAUCAAUGCCUACAGUUCUUAUGAACCAUUGCACAGUUUGACACUACAAUAGUACUGUACCUCAGAACAUCGGGAAUUAACUAGUUCUCACAUUGCUUGUCUACUUGCUCUCUUUUUCAAGAAAACAAAUAACAUUGUCUAUUGGUGAUUUAAAAACAAAGUCUUAAAACAGAAAAUGAAAAAAAAAUCCUCCUUGAAGGAGGAAAAAAAAAUAAUAACCCCACCAUGUUGGUUAGGGCAAAUACUCUCAACUGUAGCAAUCAUGCCAUUUUGCUAAGUGUACAGAGUCCAUGUAAUGUGAGCAACCAUAACUUUCACUGAGCGUGUGUAAAUAUUAAAACAGAUUUCUUAAAUAUUUUUAACUUCUAAUUUGUAUUUUAUGGUAAGGCAAUGUGCUAAUUCUGUUUAUGGCUUAUGUUUAUGUGUUAUAAUAUUAUGUAAAUAAUUCAACAUGCUGUAAAUGAAUAGUCAAUAGAUACAAAUAAUUGUUUAAUUCUUUUUCUUAAUUUUUAUUUAUUUUUUACUAAGUACAGUUACUGCAGUGCCCCAGCAGAGUAAUUUAAACACCCUUUUGCAUAAAUGGUUUGGGAUCCCAGACAGAAGGGUUUCAAUUUGCUAUCACAGACAUACACACAUACACACUCACACACUCUCUCUCACACACACACACACACACACACACACACACUCACACUCACACUCUCACUUUCCGCUCUCUCACUUCCACUCUCAUCCCCUUUAUGGGAAAUGCUGUAGUGUUUAUGUAGUCAAUGUAACAGCCAAGAGAUAGCCUUAGAAAUGGAAAUGGGAAAAGCAGAAAUGAUCAUUGAUAACUUGAUAGAUUUUUUUAUAUGUCAGAGUUCAAGACACCAAAGGUUGUAACUUAAAUCUCAAUUUUAAAAGAGUAAAAGUUUAUAUUGAUGGCACUACAGGAAAUAAAAGUGCUUAUUAUUCAUACCUGUUCCAGAAAUUUAUUACACAUAAUACACAUGAGACUUUUUUUUAAUAAUAGCAUUUUGUCUUUAGAUAGUAUUAUUCCUUUUAACCAAAGACUCCAGAAUUAUUAAAAAACAAAAAAAAAGGAAAGAAAAAAGGAAAAAUAGGGGAAAAUAAAAAAAAAAGACUGCUUCACACCAAAGGUUUAAAAAAUAUUUUCCAAAUACACUAGGAACAUUGUAAAAACUAGUAAGGAGCCAACAGAAUGCUAACUAAGAUACUGCCGUAAAGAAAUCAUUUAAGAAAAAAAAAAGCAGCAACACCCUUAAAAAUUUAUUACUUAAAAAUUGAAGUGAAACAUUUCUGUAGAUAUAUGCAAAAAUUCUAACAUCAGAUUUUAAUUUGCUUUGAAAAGUUCUUUUGUGAUAAAGAUAAAUAUGAUCCAAUAUGAUGACAAACAGAACUUUGUGUUUUUUAACUUUCAAAACCAAAUGUCUCUCUCCUGUCAAAUGUCCACUAAUCUGAUGCCCAUUUGUGUGUCUUUGUACCACCAGAAGCAAGCUGACAGUUCCAUCAGCUUGUAUCUUUUUCCUUUUCAGUUCAGUAAUUUGAGUUAAACCAUGGUCAUUUUAAACAUAAUUAUUUCAAACGAAGUUGCAAAUGAUUUAAAUUCCAUAGCAUUUAAAAAAUUUUAUUUGCAUGGGUGUUUAAAUAGUUCUGUUAUGAAUAUUGUCCCUGCACAGUUCUGAAUUGUCCUUUUAUAAAAAGUGAUAUUCUAGUUUCUUCACAUGUAGUGAUUAUCAGCCUUACUAAUUACCUUGUAGCCUUUCUUAAUAUGCACAUAAUGCACAUUUUCCAAUGGCUAGAAAAUGCAAAACACAAGUGGAUAUCAUUGCAUCUAUUUUCAUGUCUUUCUAAAAAACAGGACUACUAAAAUCUCUGGGAUACAUGAGAUAGUAACAAAUGAGGAUUAUAAAUGAGUAGCACAUAAGAAUUAUUUUCUUGAAUUUAAACUUAUUACAGCCAGUUUCAGCAUGUAAAUAUAUAAUAAUGUUGGCUAGUGUGUAAUUCUUGAACUAAGAAAUAUAAAUAAAACUUAAAAGAA